CGUUCCACAAAUACAAGAAAUAGAAAAACAGUUUAGUGCUCCAACUAACCUAAAGCAAGCGAAAUCCCCGGACAAAAAACCAAGUGCUGUAGCAAACCUAAUGCUCUGCCCUCCAACCAUGCGCCCGGCCAGUCCCGCCGAAUCCGAGAUCUCCGUGGGCGGAGCCCCCAGCCCGCUGCCCACGCAGCACCAUCCGCUUCCGCAUCCGCACUCGCAUCCGCUGCAGCAUCCGCGGGCCAGCACCAUCGAUCUGCUGCAGCAGCAGCAGCUGCUGAUGCAGCACCAUGCCGCCGCGGCCGCCGCAGCCGCAGCAGCGGUCUCCGGCCUCAACCGGAGUGCCGUCGGCAACCUGCCGGAGGACUACUUCCAGCCGCUGAAGCGCCUGCGCAUGUCCUCCUCCUCCUCGGAGCCGCGGGAGCACACGCCCAGUCCGCCGCCGGUGGUGCCGGAGCCGCAGACCAACCAGACCACCAAGUCGGCCAUCGAGGGGGUCAAGAGCUUCUCCAUCGCGGACAUCCUGGGUCACUCGGAGAAGCAGCGGGAGGAGUCCGUCUCGCCGCCCCCAAAUGCCGGCCUACUGGCUCCACCCGCCUCCCGACCCAUGGCCUCCUCGGGGGGAUUACUGCAGCCGCGGACGGAACCCCUUGACGUCCAUCCGGCCGCCGCCGCUGCCAUGCUCUUGCCCAGCGGACAGAUUGUCCGGCCGUGGGACCACCUCCUCGGUCCCGCCAUGCCCGUCCGCCCCUUCAUCCCCUCCGCCCUGCUGCACUACGAGCAGCGCCUGGCCCUGGACUACCACCGCCAGCUGCAGGAGCACUUCAACGCCCAGGCGCAGCUGCUGCGCCACAUGGGCAUGGACAUCAUUCCGUCGGAGAGCGGCUCCGACCGCUCCAGUUCGGCGGCCAGCGACUGCUGCUCCCCGGAGAUCGCCAGGGAUUCUGCGGCAGCCGCUGCCGCCUCCGCCGCCACCGGAGCUGGAGGAGCGUCCAGUGCCGCCAGCAAUGCCGCCGCCGUUGCCAAGGCCAAGGCCAAUGGCACUCCGCUGGAUGCCCUCUUUCAGAUGACCACUAAGGACUUUGACGAGUCACAAGAUAAAUCCCAUUUGGACAUCUUCUCAAACCGGCCGCAGCCGAAGAAGAAGCGCAAGUCGCGCACCGCCUUCACCAACCACCAGAUCUUCGAGCUGGAGAAGCGGUUCCUCUACCAGAAGUACCUGUCGCCGGCCGAUCGCGACGAGAUCGCCGCCUCCCUGGGCCUGUCCAAUGCCCAGGUGAUCACCUGGUUCCAGAACCGGCGGGCCAAGCAGAAGCGGGACAUCGAGGAGCUGAAGAAGGACUUCGACAGCGUGAAGGUCUUCUCCGCCCACAAGUCCUUCCUGGAGAACGUGAACGACCUGAGCAUCCUGAAGAAGAAGCCCAUGCACGAGGCGGACAUGGUGGGACUGGCCGCCGCAGCAGCCGCCGCCGGAAUGGUCGUCCCUGUGCCGGGAUCCGUUCCCAUGGGAGGGGCACCGCCCAAAUGA